AUGGCCGCCGGAGUCUUGUGGCAGGCAAUCCAGCUGAGGCCGUGCCACCACCUCUGCGUUUCGUUUUUGGCAGCCUCGGCAGCCCCCGACGGCCCGGCAGCUGAAAAGCCAAAGGCAUUCGGCAGCUGUCAUGUCUGUUUGGGCUAUGCUGACCCCACCAUCAAUUGGCGGCGCAAUGGCAUGGAAUUCCCAUUCGACCAGCAAAAAGUUCAUCGCUUCAUCACAUCAAUGGACAUUGCCGUUGGAAGUGUCGGCGUUGGGCAGCGAUUUUUCCAGCUAUUCGACAAGGGGGAAGGCUUGUCUUCAGAGUCAAUUAAGAUUGCGAAUGGCUCGAAAUUGGGCGGCCUUGGUGUCAAGUGUCUCGUCCACUGUGGAAUGGUGAUGGAGAGAGAAGAGAAUGCCUCGAGCAAAGCGGGAGUCUGGGGAUAUCCGGAUGGGGAAGCUUAG